AUGUUUGGCCCUGCAACCCUCAGCGACCUCCUCGGAUACGCCUCCAUGGGCAGCUGGCUUGGGGCACAAUUCCCCCAGAUUAUUGAGAACGUUCGCAGACAGUCAGCGGAUGGACUGGCUCUGCCGUUCUUGUUGAACUGGGCAAUGGGGGAUGCCACCAACCUCAUCGGAUGCAUCCUAACCCAUCAGCUACCAUUCCAAACAUGGCUAGCAGCGUAUUUCUGCUUUGUCGAUUUAACCCUCCUCCUCCAAUUUUUCUACUAUAGCUUGACGUCCAAGAUCAAGCCAUCAUCGUAUCUUGCUGGACGCUCACGCACUGCAUCCGCCGCCACACGUCGCAUGUCCAUCGAACGAGAGGCCACGCACUAUCGCGCCCUAUCGAAUGUGGCCGCAAACGUUGCCGCAGCAGCAGCUCUCGCCGCUGAGCAAGAAGAGCAUGCUCGACGGAAUCUUCAAAGUCUCGAACGUGUCCCAUAUACCGCUGUCGAGCCUCCAGUGCACGAAGAAGACCAUGAUGAUGUCUCCGAGGAGGCGCUUGCUCGCCUCGCUGACAGCUUCCACUCCGAAGGUGGGCGCUCCGGGAGGCAGAAGAAGGUCUCCUGGAGCCAGGAGCGACGCGCAGGCAGCCUCGGCAGGAGCCAUCAGCAGACGAUAUCACCGCCCCGCAGGAUGCAUGCAUCGCUGCACUUGACAAGGCCACCUCAGGAAGUCGACCCGGCGCUGACACGGGGACGCUCGCUAUCACGAGACGUGCCACCAGACGAGGAGGAGACGGAUUGGGCAUCUCGCCGACGCAGCUCGCGUGCGAGCCGAAAGGGCGCGAGCAUGGUGUUCUUGGGCGUGUGGGCCCUGUUUGGUAUCAGUACGCUUGCCAAUGGCGGACAGCGGAAUGCUGUUCAGAGCAACACGUUGCGAAUAGGACGCGUGCUGGAGAGGCGGAAUGUGACGAUGUCCGACCUCGCAGGUGCAGUCCCCAUGGCCCUUGCAGGCACCUUGGGUGGGGACAAUGAUGUAGAUGCUGUUCAUGCUUUCGUACUCUCCGCUGAAGAUGCGGACUACGAUGCAACGAAACAACCUGACCACUCGACGGAAUUUAUUAUUGGGCGGAUAUCAGCCUGGAUAUGUACUACACUCUACCUCACUUCACGGCUACCGCAAAUUUGGAAGAACUAUGCCCGGAAAUCUGUAGAGGGCCUCUCCAUGUAUUUAUUCAUCUUUGCAUUCUUGGGAAAUCUUUUCUACGUUUCCUCCAUCCUCACUUCGCCCAAGCUCCGACUCCCUGAAGCUGAAGCAACCACCUUCAUCAAGGAGAGCAUACCAUACCUAAUGGGCAGUGGGGGCACGCUCGUUUUCGACGUGGCAAUCGUGACGCAAUCGUUCUUGUACCGUCCGAAGGGACAUGCCCGUGGACGCCGAGCUUCGCGCUCAAUGCCUGAAGAGGAGGAGGCGUUGUUGAGUGCCGGAGCGACUGGUGCAGAAGAUAUGGGCACACCGUCUCGAAGGCGUACAGGUGCAACUGCUGACUCAGAGUUGCGUGGCAGUUAG